AACCCUUGAGAUAACUGCGGCAUCUGAGCGCGCAAUUAGCUGACUGUAUUUCCUUCUUCCUCUCCCUCCCCCUCUUUUCUUUCUGUCUCUCCGGGCUGUCAAUCGCUGGAGGAUUUGUCGGAGUUUCCGAGCGUCUCUGCAUCUGUGAGGAUGUUGUUGUGGCUGGUUUUGUUCCUGCCUGCCAUCUCCUCGGCUCAGCGAUCAGAGCCCAUGUUCUCAGCCAUAACCAAGACCGUCCUUCCUCCCGACUAUGACAACAACCCCACCCAGCUCAACUACGGCGUGGCUGUCACUGAUGUGGACGGGGAUGGAGACCUGGAGAUGUUUGUAGCUGGCUACAACGGCCCAAACCUGGUGUUAAAGUACGACAAGCAGAAGAAAAGGCUUGUCAACAUCGCUGUCGACAACCGUAGCUCCCCUUUCUACGCCCUGAGAGACCGUCAAGGCAAUGCCAUCGGAGUGACAGCGUGUGACAUCGAUGGAGACGGUCGGGAGGAGAUUUAUGUCCUCAACACCAAUAACGCCUUCUCUGGUCGGGCAACAUAUUCUGACAAGCUGUUUAAGUUCCGUAAUGGACGCUUUGAAGAUCUGCUGAACGAUGACAUUAACGAACACAGAGAUGUGGCCAACCGUAUGGCUGGGCGCUCAGUGGCCUGUGUGGACAGAAAGGGUACAGGCCGUUAUGCCAUCUAUAUAGCCAACUAUGCCAGUGGCAACGUGGGUCCUCACGCUCUCAUUGAAAUGGAUGAGGCAGCGAGUGAUCUUUCACAGGGCGUCAUUGCCCUCUCCAACGUGGCAGAGCAGGCCGGAGUCAACAAGUUCACUGGGGGGCGAGGUGUCGUGGCGGGUCCGAUUGUCAGUCAAAGCCUGUCCGAUGUGUUUUGUGACAAUGAGUACGGACCCAACUUCCUGUUCAGGAACAAUGGAGAUGGAACUUUUACUGAUGUGGCGCAGCAGGCUGGUGUGGAGGACCCCAUGCAGCAUGGCAGAGGGGUGGCUCUGGCAGACUUCAACCGUGACGGCAAGACAGACAUCGUUUACGGGAACUGGAAUGGACCCCAUCGCCUGUACAUUCAGCUGAAUAAUCGCAAACAAAAGUUUAAGGACAUAGCAUCCCAGAAGUUUUCCAUGCCAUCCCCGGUUCGCACUGUCAUGGUUGCUGACUUUGACAAUGACAACGAGCUGGAAGUCUUCUUCAAUAACAUCGCCUACAGGGGCCCCUCCGCCAACAGGCUCUUUAGGGUGAGCAGGAGAGAGCACGGAGACCCUCAGAUAGAAGAGCUGAAUGUUGGCGAGGCAUCAGAGCCUGAAGGGCGAGGAACUGGAGCUGUUGCCACGGACUUUGACGGUGAUGGUCGCCUGGAACUGUUGAUCUCUCAUGGUGAGAGUGCAGCACAGCCGCUCUCUGUCUACAAAGUCAACCAGGGGGCCACAAACGCCUGGCUUCGAGUGAUUCCCCGAACCAAGUUUGGUGCUUUCGCCAGAGGAGCUAAAGUGGUGUUGUACACUAAAAAGAGCGGCCCACACACUCGGAUCAUUGACGGUGGCUCAGGGUACCUGUGUGAAAUGGAGCCUGUCGCCCACUUUGGCCUUGGUAAGGACGUCGCCACCAAUGUUGAGGUGUACUGGCCAGACGGUCGUUCAUCAGCUCGACCCCUGGAGCCUUCAGACGUCAACACAGUGCUGGAGAUCCACUAUCCAAGAGAUGAGGAGGAAGUCACUCCCACUGUGGAAAUAGAGUGCGGCCAUGGGUUUGCUCUGAAUGAGAAUGGCCGCUGCACAGAUAAAGAUGAGUGUACCCAGUUUCCCACUGUGUGCCCCUCUGACCGCCCCGUCUGCACCAACACCUAUGGCAGCUAUAAGUGCCGCGCCAAGAGGAGAUGCAACCAGGGCUUUGAGCCCAAUGAUGAUGGGUCAGCCUGUGUGGCCCAGGUGGCUUACUUUGGGGGGACGCGGUCUUCUGGGGAACGCAAGCGUUCCGGCCUUUCUUUCUGGAUGCUCCCCGUCUCUGUGCUUCCACUUGUCUCUACCCAUCUCCAGACUGGACAACUGUAGCCAUCACUGUCCUCUCCCCUUCCUAACUCUCUCCACUGCUAAAUGGGGAUGUACAGAAACUCUUGGAGCAAACUUUUCGCUGAAAGCAUCUACUCCUUCUUCUCCUAUGUGGAUCUCUGCUAUCUUUUUCCAUCAGUUAUUUACAGCCUUGCCCUCUCCUCACCGCUGCUAUGUGUCACCUCUUGGCUCCCGGCCCCCUCUGGACUAUAAAGACACACACAGGGAGCAUGCUCGCUGGGAGCUACGGGGUUCAGAACUAAGUGUGUCACACCCGCAGAGCCCUCACGUCAUCACCUGGCACUUAUCUUAGUGGGACCUGAACUGAGGCCAAGUCAAUAAGUGGAGCUGCAGCGUAUAAACCACUGCACAUACAGUACAGCAGACAGAUCUACUGGCUCCACAGACCACAUUCAUUAGAGACACGCUGAGACCCCAUCUGUAUCUCCACAAUGCCAUGAUGUUAAUCCUUACAAUGUCACUGUCAUUCUUAUUAUGGGCUUACUGGGAUGCUGAGGAACACCAGGUCUCCAGCUUUAGGGCCUCUGUUUGUGUGUGUGUGUGUGUGUGUGUGUGUGUGUGUGUGUGCACAUGUGUGUGUGUGUGUGAGUGUACUGUGUCCAAAGAGGCAGCAGUCGGGUAGCAGAACAUAUGCCAGACCAUCUGUCUCCGAUGGCAGGUUACAUUUUGUUACCUAUGAAUAAUACAGCAGCACAGUGAAGGAUAUAAACACACAUGUAUGUGUGAGUGAGCACAAGCAUAGGCAGGAGCAAAUUAAAAAAAAUCUAAGUACAGUACUAGCUGGAGGGUGUACUUAAAACAUACUUUACUAAGCAAUUUUUAAAAUCAUUUGCCACAUAACGCAGAACUGUAAAUUUUAAAGCAGCGUCAGCUUACACUAUUAAAUGCUAACAUUAACAAAUUUAGUAUUUAUUGCUUAUUUUCCAAUUAAAUUCAAAUAAAGGGCAGGUAAUAAGAACAUAAAGACACAAGGAAGAGGAUGUGGAUUUUUAUGGACCAUAAUUUUUCUUGAAAUGAAUUAACGUUCUAGAAAAACACCUCAGCAGUUCAUUUAAUGUAGCACUGGUGAUGUUUUUACAUGUUUAAGCACAGAUGCUGGAAAGAUGACUUGAAUCUAUAAGAAGUUAUUUAACAAUUUUUGGCUCUAUUCCCCACCCUUUGACAGACACAGUUUUCACCCUAGGAGGGUGAAAUUUGGCACAUAGGUCAAGUGUGCGUGUGUUUGAACAUGUGUGUUUGUUUUCAUGAAAAAAAAUGGCUUAAAGGGGAUGUGGCAGUUAGGGUUUGCAUGGGUCAUUGUGGCUAUUAUGAAUAUUUGCUUGUAAAAUCAUUUGCCCCAUAAAAUGACUUUAAAGGAUAAGGCUGGUGAUUUUCUAUAUUUUUAUUAUUGUCAAAAACUCACAUGAAAAAGUUAACGAUUUAAUUUAACAGCUGGGCAAUGUAGUUCUUAGAGAAAAGAAUGACUCAAACAGGAGUAAAUUGUGUGUUUUUUAAUUGUUUUUUUGUUGGAAAAUAUUUUGAGCUGCAGAUUUGGUGUGCUGUUUAAAGCAGCAGGAUGGUGUUGUGCAUCACAAUAAAUUACAGCGCCCAUAUUCACUGUAAUGAAGGAACAUGUCAGUGCAACAGCAUGGCUCACUGAUGUGUUUUUAAUGAUGGUAAAAAUGGAGGUCUGUGUCACCGAGAAAUAAACUCUUGUUAGCAGAAUCAAUUUAUUGUUGAUUUUGGUCUUUUGAAGGGUUGUUUUUACAGCAGAGGUGGGACCAAGUCAUUUUGCAAGUCUCAAGUCUGAGUACUUAAGUCCCAAGUCAAGACAAGCAAGUCUGGAGUCAAGUUCCAAGUCCUUAACUUUGAGUUUUGUUUGGGUCCAAAGUCAACAAAUUGUGACUCUAGUCCAAGUCCUGUGACUCAAGUCCACACUUCUGGUUGACAAUAAGAAAAAUAUUCAAUAUCACCAGACUUAUCCUUUAAAGUGUAAAUAUUAAAUGCACAUCAACUCAAAAAUAUUUAUUUCCAAUCAUAAUUUGACACCCUUUCCCAUUUCAAUGAAAUAAAUAUCAAGGAGCAGAGACACAAAGACAAAAGAAGAAGGUGUGGCUAUUUGACGAGCUGUGAUUUUCUGAAUUAAAUUACAACAAAUCUUUUUUGGUUUUACAUAUUGAAACCUUUGCCAUACUGUAGUGCAGUAAAAUGCAUAAAACACAUGGAACCCUUUGUUUUUUGAUUCAUCACUACAGACAUCAUUUUUGUCUCGUUGCCAUGUUUCUUAAAACUUUUCAGGAAAUUAAUACAUUUUUGGCAGAAAAGAUGACCAAAAAGUGAAAACAUUGUCAGAAGAUGUUGACAGCCUGCUGACUGACAGAUUUUUUUGCUUCCAUAUAAUUCUGCUGGGGAGAGUCAGCUCUCGUCUCAGCAAUCCCACUGCAGAAACUACACAACACCACACAAGCAUCCUAUCCAGAGUUAGAUCGCGAUCACCGUCAUAGCAGAGCUUAGAUUCAUAAAGUGCUGGCGAGUGUAGUCCUCCAGAGUAGUGGCUGUGUGUGAGUGUGUGUGUGAUUCAUGGAUUUCUCCCUAUUCCCUCAUUGAGGCAAGUGUUAUAUAUUUUUGAAAUAUUUGGCCAAAAACCCGCGCACAUUCCAUUUAAGCAACAGCACCAAACUGGCCCCCUUGACAUCAGUCCCUGAGCCUGCUAAUGAGCUGGACCCAAACCACAGAUGCCACCUGUAAAUAUCAAACAUUUCAGCUGAGACUUAGAGACUUAACUUAUUUCUCUCUGAGACAUUUUUAUUGAAAACUAAGAGGCAUCGGAGCAUGAAAAACUAAUAAACAAACAGUGAUGGAUGUGUUAAAGCAAUUAAAACUACUCGCCACGGAUCUCUGCUGGGUCCACGUCGACGAUGUUGUCAUGCUCCCAGUGUGAGCCAAAGACUCUGCGGAGGAGAGAGAGACCGUUCAGAGAGAUCGUGUCCAGUCAAGUCAAACAUCCGAAUGUUUGCUCAGAAGUGUUUGCUAACAAAUGUGUCAAAGAAGUUCAACUGAGGUUGCUGAAAAGAUUGUAAGGUCAGAAUGGAAACUUUUUUUUUUUUGGAGUUUGGAUCAUGCUCUGUGGUCAGACUUGAACUGAUGUGUGAGCUCACAGUUUGCAUGAAUAAGAUCCACAAGUGUUUAUCAAAAUUGCACGCUGGUGUUUUUGACCCUAUUUCUCACAUUCUCCUACUUAAUCUUCACAAUCCUUAAAAAAUGUAGUCAUUUAUUGUCAGAGACAUGGUUGUGUGAAUCCAGUUUGUUUUUUUUCCUAUACACGUGUUGAAAUGGUGGCAUUUCAGCUAAUUCUGACGUUUGAAGAUUGAAGAUUGUUGGCUAUUUGACAACUCUCAUAUGUACAUGCAAUAUGCAAUCAAACAUAGAGUCUGCAGUAUAUACUGUAUCUGCUCUGCCCAUUCAAUCUUGUAGGGGGGUCUCUGAAAUCACAGGUCAUUAUACAACACUCAGUUCAAGAUAUGAAACUGGAAACUGGAGUUUAUUCAAAACAUGAGGCAAUGCUGAAGAAAAUAAAUGAAAACACAAUAUUUGCAGUGAUGGAUUGCUUCACUCAACAACUUUGGACAUAGCUGGAGGCAGAGCUGCAUAUCUUUGGGAUACACUGGAAGUAAAUGAUUUCAGAAAGGUAGAGAAAUGACACAAUCAUCAGUAACUACAAUAACAGAGCAGACUGCACUAAGAGCAAGGUAAGCUUUUCACUCUGUGUAAUGUACCUUAACAGCGUCACUGAAUGAUGUCCAACGACCUGCAGGAUGGGUGCACUGUGUAUAUGUGUGUGUCUGGCACGGUCACUGCCACGGCAUUGUUAGCGUCCCAGAGGCUCCAGUUGUGUUUCUUUCUGCUGAAAUGAACUGCAAGUGGAGAUGUCCCUGUUAAAAAAUAAA